AUGGUGCCGGGCACACAGGGCCCUCAGACACAGUGCUGGGUGCAUGGCACGUGCUCUGCAAGUGGCUGUGCCUCGGGAGCCUGUGCUGCGGUCACAGCCGAGGCGGGGCCAGCGUCACUGGUUUCUGGUUUGUUUGACAGAAAACGCCCUGACGUCAUAGCGACCACAUACUGGCGGGCGCCGAUCAUAUGGGAAGGCACUUUCAAUAGACAGGCCCUGCGGAGCCAUUACAGACAGCGGAACCUCACUGUGGGCUUGGCGGUCUUUGCUGCAGGCAGGACGGCAGACCAGUACCUUGAGCUGUUCUUACAGUCAGCGAAUAAGCACUUUAUGGCCGGGUACCGGGUUGUCUUCUACAUCAUGAUGGAGGACCCCUACGGCCUGCCGGACGUGCAGCCAGACCCUCUUCGGACGUUCCAGGUGCUGACCAUCGAAGACGACAGCUGGUGGCACGACCGCGACCUUGUGCGCAUGAUGACCUUAGGUGAGCACAUCAUCAGCCACAUCCAGGACGAGGUCGACUUCCUGUUCAGCAUGACAGUCGAGCACGUCUUCCAGGGCGACUUCGGCGUGGAGACCCUGGGCAUGUCUGUGGCCCAGCUCCAUGCCUGGUGGUACUUCAAAGAUACCGAGAAUGUCCCUUACGAGAGGCGGCCCCAAUCCGCAGCCUGCAUCCCCUUUGGAUGGGGGGAUUUCUUUUAUGACGGUGAGAUUGUCGGUGGCACGCCUCUGCAGGUUUUAAAACUCAUCCAAGACUAUCUGAAAGGAGUGACUCAGGACGCCAUACACGGGCUGAACAGCACCUAUGAAAGCCACCUGAACAAGUAUUUCUUCCUGCACAAGCCCUCCAGGCUGCUGUCACCGGAAUACAGCUGGGACACCGCGUUCCACCCGCCCCAACAGGUUCAGACCAUCAAGGUGCUACGGCUCACCAGGAGGGCGCUGUAA